AUGGGUAAAUCAUUAUAUUUAUUUAAGUUUCUUAUAUUAGGAGAUGCCUCAGUAGGAAAGAGCUGUCUUUUACAUAGAUUUACAGAUAAUAGAUUUAAAAGUCAAUCGAGUCAUACAAUAGGUGUAGAUUUUGCAUCAAGGAUUAUUGAUAUUCAAGGUAGAGCAGUUAAAUUACAAAUUUGGGAUACUGCAGGCCAAGAAAGAUUUAGAUCGGUUACAAGAUCAUACUAUCGUGGAUCAUCAGGUGUAGUAUUAGUAUAUGAUGUUUCAAGCAGGGAAAGUUAUAAUCAUAUUAAUAAUUGGUUAUCAGAUGCCAGAGCAUUGGCAAGCAAAGAUGUUACAAUUAUUUUAGUAGGAAAUAAAGCAGAUUUAUCAGAAGAAAGAGAAGUUUCAUUUUUGGAAGCAUCAAGAUUAGCUCAAGAGAAUGAUCUUUUAUUUAUGGAGGCAAGUGCAUUAUCGGGUGAUGGUGUCGAAGAAUUAUUUUUAAAAUGUGCUCGUUCAAUUAUUACAAAAAUAGAUAAUGGUGAUGUUAAUCUUGAACAAUUAGGUGUUCAAAUUAGUGAAGGAGAUCUUUCAAAAAGAGGGAAUAACAGUGGUGGUGAUAGUAAUAAGUCAUGUUGCGGUUAA